AUGAUAAUCGCAUGCUACAUGUGCUAUACACACGAACAUGUUUGGUUCUGCCAAGGUCAGCAGUUGCAGCAGUGCUGCACGACUGAAAAAAUAAAAGGAAGUGUGAGAAAAAAAGUGUCCAACGGGAAAGCAGCCCCCUGUGGGAACCCCUCUGAUCAGGCGGCUCGCGGCGCAACAGACCUCCACACCCAGCACCGGCUCUAGAGGGCGAACCAGAGGCUAAACUGCCCAGACAACACGAGAGGUAUUGAAUGCAUGGGAUAACGGCCGGCACAGGUCGUGCUGACAGAUGACCCGUCGGAGAGGUAGGCGGGGCAACCGGGCUGGUGGGGCUAACAACCCCACAGGUCAACCGGCUACGCUACCGGAUACGCCUCGGAACCAGCCUGGGAGCUCUAGUACACCCGGAAGCGGGGGUUUGCAGCCAGCAUGGGACCUUCGUCAGCUUAACGAAGGCACGCUAACCCCGCGUACUCCAGUGGUCGACAACUCAGGGGGAGACGUAACAAGUGAACGUCCACGGAUCGGGAGCAGGAGAGAGAGCAACCUAAUCACUGAGGUGCGCACCCCCCACGCCGCGACAAAGCGCGACGCGAGAGAUUCCGGUGCACGCGUCCGUCGGACGGGAGUAAAAUCCCGGUCAGGCAGGAAGCGCAGGAAAAGGCCCUCUGUUGGUGUCACGGGUGGUGGCCUACCGAAUCUUGAGGGCAAGCUCGAGGAGGAGGAUUACUGCACACAGCAGGGCGAGGCGAGGAGGGAGGCAUCGGCCCCUAAAGCUCGCGCGAUUGCCAAAGACGAACGGCGAAAAGCAGAGUCCGCGGGGAAUCACCCCGUUGAUCCUCGGCGUAGGAGUCACGGCGGGAACCCAAGACAAGCCCGUUAUCAGCCUGGAAAGCGGAAUGCGGGUAGGAGAGUUUCUGCCCCAGCGGUGCUAUCUAUGCUAUCUAUACGCCAACCAACAAGCAAGAAGUGAAGAAAGGCGUGCGAGCGUAUGGAAUGCGGAUGGGUUACAGACCACCCUGGCACCGCGUGUAGCAAAUGUCCCGGGUAGUGCACUCGGACGACGAUAAGCUAUGUUCGGCACGCCACAGGUCUCCGAAUGACGACGGUUUCAAGCACCUCCGCCCGGACUGGUUAGGGCGAGCAGUAGACUUCGUGGCCGCGUGGACACAAGGAGAGAAAAACCUCCCUCCAGCCCUCGUGCGAGACUUUAGGCCCAGCAAUGACUGCCUCUGCGCACGCCCAGACUGCUUCCUAGCUUUUGUCGCCAAGAGAAUGGAGGGCAGAGUCUCGUGUUUGCGGUACUUGUGGGUAACGGAAAUCGGGCAAGAGCAUCGUAAGGUGGUACCCCAUGGAUGCUGUAGAUGACGAUGUCGCGGAGGGGAACGCAGCGGUGAGCGAUGACCUUUGGUGGUGCGGCCGCUGCUUUCAGAAACGGUUGGACGGCAAAAAGAGAGACGAGAAACAGCCAGAGCGCCCAGCGAACAAUGCGCAUAGAUCGAGGGGUGAGGCGCCGGUGCCUCCAGAUCCGUUGGACACGGUGCGCGCUAUGGUGGAAGAAGUCGUCCGUCGAGGUAAGAUCCUGUACUGGCAGGACGUCGCCGAUUGGGUAACAGCGGAACGCGCGAAGCUUGGCAUGGAGGAGUUGCAAGGUAGAUACCCAAGAAAAUCGUCCGGGCCAUAUUUGCAAGCAUCGAGGAGUCCGGGACUUUACGCUUGGUCAGUCACGAGCCAACACAUGGAGACGCACGCGAGCGAGAACUUUUCCUCUUCCCAAACACCCUUGGGGACGAGCAUCUCGUUGACUUAAUGCUGCGUGCUCGCCGUAAUGCACCCGUACAGCCACAUUCCAACCAGCUAGCGGAUAAGGGCGGGUCUCUCAAGUUGAUUCUGGAGGAAGUCGAGAAGGACACGGAGGACGCAAACGCAAGGAUGUCCGUCGUGCGGGAAGCUGGCACAAAUUGUUCGAGCCGACGUGGAGAGUGAUCCUGCCCUGAAGAACACCCCCGGGACGCGCGAGAAGCAUCGCUACGCCCAUGAGUUGGACAUGAAAGUGAAGCCACCCAGAGAGAAUCUACUAACCGCGUUUCCAUCGGCCUUGGUUGGGUUAUACCAAAGCAUGACAAACAUGGCACUGUAUCGCGAGAUCGUCGCAUCAGAGACCGAGCAUCCUGGAGUGCCCUGGGUAUGGCAGACCGAAGGGCGAGACGGACGGCACCCUACCACCCCGGGCGACUUGGAGGGCGAGGACGGUGAUGGAGAAAAGAAGGAUGAGGUCAGUCAACCAGCAGUGACGGUGUCGUUAGGGCCACGAACCGAGGAACAGGCCAGACAUAUCGACAGCCUUAACCGCGACAGGCGAUCCACGCAUCGUAGGCUUCUAGUGAUGUAUACGGUGGUGGUGAAGGCCAUUUUUCGUGGUCGGCACAUUGGUUCGCACGACAUCGAAGGGGCUCAGUGGGCAAAGUCUAAGGGUACGUGUCGCGAUGUGAUCAACUUUGUAGCACGGUUUGUGGGCGACGACGUCGCAAAUUCAGCACCGAGAAGAUUUCCACGCGAGGUUCGUAGAGGACAAGGACCUCCUGAGCCGGGACGCCGAGUGCGCCGCCAUUCCCCUGGACAACUGAUGUUGACCCGAGGUUGGAGUUGGCCAGGGGGAGGGGCCUCACCUUCUGUUCAUCGCUGCGACGGCACUGACGGUAGGGCCCGACGUAGGUCGAAUGGACAACUGGUGGUUGGUAAAUAGCCGGGGAUCUCUUACGGUGGAAGACGUCCUUGUGGGGCCGAAGCGGGACCGGGAGGACGGAGCACGGCGGUAUAACGAGUUUUCGGUCGAACUCUACCGCGGCGUAUUCGCUGAGGCGCGGAACAACUCCGACAGGGCUGCGGCAGACACAUGCUUCGAGUCUGAACUCCGCACGGCCAUCACACCCGAGGGCAAAUCGCCGCAGCAACUGCGAUACGCGUUCAUCCAGAAGGGUUCCACCAAGCGUUUCAGCGAUAUGAAGGGAGCCAUCCAGCGCGUACAAGGUAUCUGGUGUGGCUCCCUAGCCGGUAAGGCUGUUGCACCAUUCAUACUCGGUGGGGACGAGGAGACAUACAGGCACAUGUACCACGUCAUGGCACAGGAGCCGCGCGAGUACCGACAAGUCCGCCGCUACCCCGGCGAUUGGAAUUUGCUGUUGCACAUGGCCAAGGUGAUGCUUAGGCGGUACUGGGGUGCUGGCGUGGAAUUUCGUGGCGAAGGAUUUGGGCACAGCCGGGUCGAAGUCGGGGGAGGGGAGCAACUACCGUCGGGCCCACCACCACAUAACGGCGUUUUGGGCGGCGUUUAUGGCUCUGUGUCGACAGGGAUACUUGAAGAAUUUGCCGACGCCAGGUGACAGACAGGUGGAAGAGGACAAGGUGGUCGACGGGGGUGUAUUGGGAAUGGGGAUGUUGCGCCCGGCAUUAUUGCACUUCAGAUCUCCAAGUCGUACCGGAAGAUCGUGUGGUCUGAUGUAUCUAACUCCAUGUUUCAAUGACAUUUUUCGCGCGUCCUUGUUGGUGGUUGAACAGGUCCGCCCGUGCUUCACUGCCGUUGGAUGCAUCCGUCCACGAAAUACGACGACCUCGGGGUACGACAUAUCAGACGGACGAACAGCGCGCGCGUUCUCCCCUGUAUUUCCCUACCCAGUUGCGCAGGGAGGUGGACGGGGGGGAUUAUUUUUCGGCCGCGCUGGGUGUCUGUUGUUUAUUGGCAUAGUAUUUUGUUAGUCGCAAACUGCCUGAAAGGUACGGGGGUGCUGUGUGCGUUCCGGGCCUGUCUGUGUCGUUUGUACUGACUGUAAAUAAGGUGUUCGUUGUUUCCUUCAGUUCGGGCAUGAUGUUGAUAGGUGUGGGCAACCCGGGGGGGGCAGUCUUGUGUGCGGUGUUCGUGUGCAAGUAUUUCCUCGCGUUUUCGACACACCAAAUGCUCAGUGCGUACAAUGUAUUCCUAUGCUUUGAGAAAAAAUACUUCAACAAUUA